AUGUAUUCAACAGUAGAUCCUGUUAGAGAACAAGCACCUGCUGCGACAGCAGCUGCAGGACGAACUGGAGCUACUACAACAUUAGUAACAGCUCUAUGUAUUGGUACAAUACUUUUUUUAGCUGCUGCAACAAUUGUUUUAUCUCUUAUUCCAGUUUAUUUGCCAAAAAAAACUUUAUCAAUUAUUCCUUCAUCUAACAUGAAAUAUAUUCGAUUAAAUCCUUCACCAAAUGUUCCACCAAAUGGUCAAACAUCAUCAACAGCAUGUUAUGCAAUAGCUACAUCGAUGAAUAGUGCAUUUCAUUUUCCAUCGGGUACAAUAAUACCAAUUUCAUGUACAUUUGCUUUACCAGGUUCACGUAGACGUCGACAAUCUCGAAUAUUAAUUCGUUAUCGUCGUCAGACUGAUUCAAAAUUAUAUAUGGUAGUAGAUAUCAAUAGAGCAAAAUGUGCAUCUUGUGGUCAAUUAGGAAAUUUAAACAAAAAAGUUGGCACAAGUUUUCAAUCAAGUUUUGACUUUUAUGGUCCUCUUACUGAAAACUUUAAUGUAGAAAGCAUAAGCAGUCAACGUUUUGCUUCUUUUAAUACUAUUCCUAUACAAGGAUCAACACCAUUAGCCUCAACAACACCUACACCUGCACCCGCCGUUACAUCUGACUCUUUGAUAGGCUAA